UGCAUUUAUAAGGCAAUGCUGACGAAUUGGCCAUCGCCCCAAAAGUCAUCAAUGGAUAUGAUGACUUUCGAUGAAUUACAAAAAACGUUUGCUGAAGGUGGUAAAGACUCGGGAUCAAUGGAUAUGGAUGAGUUUCUAAAGAACAUUUGGACUUCUGAAGAGACUCACGCAAUGACACAAAACUCGGACUGCGUAAAGAGUAUUGGGAAUAUGCAAAAGCAAGGUUCUUUAAUUGUACCAGGCAUACUUGACAAGAAAACAGUAUAUUUGCAGAAAACAGUAGAUUUGCAUAAAGAAAAUGGCGGAUGCGAAGACAUGGAUCUGAUCAAAGAACCAAACUUGCAGCCGCAAGAGGAACAAUUAACUGCAGGUGAGAUGACACUGGAGGUAUUCUUGCGAAAAACAGCAGCUCAACAAAAUAGCCAAGUUCUACCAAAUGGAAGGCUUUUUGGCGAUUACAGUAAUUCUGUUUUUGGGUUCAUAAACAAGAACCGGAAUCAAGGGUUUUAUCAAGAAGCAGAUCAUACAGAGACUAAAAUAGACGUUAAAAGGCAGAAAUUUCUUCCAAAACAAGCUGCCAUUAACCUCACCUCUUCGGUUAGUCCAGUAAAUGAAGUUCCUAAAAGGGAAAAGAUCGAUAAUCUGUCAUAUUUGUCUCCAAGUAGUUAUUUCGAUUCAUCACCACCACCACCAUCCUCUGCAUACGGUGAAGGUGGUUUUAUUGAAAAGAAAAGGAGUGCCAUUUUGGAAAGAGUGAUACAGAGGAGGAGCAAACGCAUGAUUAAAAACAGAGAAUCUGCUGCAAGGUCAAGGGCUCGGAAACAGGAGUAUACAUCAAAUUUGGAAGCAGAAGUUGCAAAACUCAAAGAGAUUAACCAUGCGUUGCAGAUAAAGCAGGAAAAAAUCAUGGAGUCACUGAAGAACAUGCAGGUACCGGAGAAAUUGCAAUUGGGAAGUAAAAGAUUGUCUUUACGAAGAACAUUAAGUGGACCUUGGUAGAUAAAUGUAGCACAUAGAAUGCAUAAUUUUGCUUGCAGAAAUGACCAAAUCUAUAGUAAAACAUAAUUUCCAAUGCACGACACGAGAAUUAUACUUCAGAUUUGGUCAUUUCAACAUGGUCAUUUUUACUGCUCUAUACAUGUGAUAGAGUCUGUUUAUCUACUCAUGUAAGGAUCUUGUUAUAAGGUAAUGUAU